AUGAACUUUGGCAAAUGUUUGGUAGACAAAUUGUUACAACAUAAAAACAAAGCUGCCUUGAUAAAUGGAACCACAGGUGAGGUAAUUACAUACAACGAGUUGGCACACAAAAUCUUGAGCGUCGCUUCAUCGCUUAUACAACGUGGUGUGCAAGAAGGAGAUAUAGUAGCAAUAUGCAGCGAGAACAGAAUUGAGUACUUAAUAACGCAGAUAGCGGUAUACUACGUGGGGGCAGUGAUAACGUUUAUCAAUAUUGCUUAUACAAAAGAUGAAGUAAUUCACGCAGCGAACAUCACAAAACCAAAAUAUUGUUUUAUAUCUCCGAACGCAUAUAAGCUUCAUUACAACACACUGAAGGAGUUCUGCCCUAAUGUAUUUAUUUACACAAAAACGACAGAAAACGGAGUAAGUUUCAAUGAACUAGUUUCUGGAAGACUUUUAAAUAAUUUAACACCAGCUGAUCAUCAAGGUAAAGUUAAAACCUCAUUAAUACUUUAUUCAUCUGGAACCACUGGAUUGCCAAAAGGAGCGAGAAUAACAAAUUUAAAUUUAAUUACAACCCUAUAUCAACAACAGUUAACUACAAGAGAUCUGCCUGUACUAACAGUUGCACCGUGGUGUAACACAAUGGGUGUUCUUACCUUAACUGAUGGGCUAUCAUUUGGCCGUACAAUUAUAUUUUUAGAACGAUUUGAUGAAAAUAUUUAUUUACAGGUUAUUCAAAAAUACAAGGUUGGAAUCUUAAUGAUCGCUCCACCAACGUUAAUAGUUAUGUCUAAGUCUCCAAAUGUAGAUAAAUACGAUGUAAGCUCGGUAGAGCUUAUGCACUCUGGCGGAGCACCUUUGGAUUCUGAUGUAGUAGAUGUAGAAACAAGAAAUAUUUUAGGACCGAACAAACCUGGUGAAGUUUGUGUUAAGGGUCUAUCUCUAUUCGAUGGUUACGUUGGCAAGGAACGUGGAGACGAUUACGACGAAGAUGGAUACUUCAAAACUGGUGAUGUGGCUUACUAUGAUGAGGAAGGUUACUUCUUUAUAGUAGACAGGAUCAAAGAACUGAUCAAAUACAAAGCGUGGCAGGUAUCACCUUCUGAAUUAGAAAGUAUUUUAUUGCUUCAUCCAUCAGUAAAAGAUUGCGGAGUUAUAGGAAUACCUGAUUCUACAGCUGGUGAACUACCAACAGCAUUUAUAGUUAAGAAAGAUGGUAGUUCUGUAACAGAGAAAGAAAUAGUUGACUUUGUUACAACUAAGGUUUCUCCAUGGAAAAGGUUAAGGGGUGGUGUAAUAUUUAUUGAGGAGAUUCCGAAAACGGGAAGCGGUAAAAUAUUGCGUCGUAAUCUCCGGGCAAUGGUUAAAAAUACACCUAAGAGUAAAUUGUAA